AUAAGAAGUAAUUAAUUGCGUCAAAACUUAUAUGGGAGGAGGAGGAGGAGAUUGAGUAUGGUUUACGCCAAACACACUUGUCGUCCUGUUCUUUUUCUUCUUCUUCUUUCUUGUUGUUAGAAAUAGACGACCCCCAAUUACUAUAAAGUACCCUCCCUUUCUUUCUUAUAUAGCCACAUACCCAUUCCUAUUUACUCCUCCUCCUCCCUUCUUCUUCUUGUUCGAUUCUAGUCGAUUUCAAAUGGGAUUUUCAAGAUGUAAAUUGGGUUAAUCGAUCAAAGGUUGUAGUGUUUUUUGAUUUAAUUCGUUGUUGAAAGUAUCGAGAUGGAGAAGCUGAAUUUUGUGAAAAACGGUGUCCUGAGACUGCCACCUGGGUUCAGGUUCCACCCGACGGAUGAAGAGCUUGUGGUACAAUACUUGAAGCGCAAGGCCCAGUCUUGCCCUUUGCCGGCAUCCAUCAUCCCUGAGGUCGAUGUGAACAAGUCUGAUCCAUGGGAUUUACCAGGUGAUUUGGAGCAGGAGAGGUUCUUUUUCAGCACCAGGGAAGUCAAGUACCCGAACGGAAACCGCUCCAACCGGGCAACCGUAUCCGGAUACUGGAAAGCAACCGGAUUAGAUAAGCAAAUUGUGACCUGUCGGACCAAUCAAAAUCAAGUAGUUGGCAUGAAGAAAACUCUGGUUUUCUAUAAAGGAAAACCCCCAACCGGGUCUCGAACCGAUUGGAUCAUGCAUGAGUACCGUCUUGCCCUUGCUACCCAAAACCCGACCACGCAGGGUAUGGAGAACUGGGUGCUGUGCAGAAUUUUCUUGAAGAAACGAGGGAACGGGAACAAGAACCAGGAAGAAGAGAAAGAGACAAUUGAACCAAAGUCGAACCCAGUUUUCUAUGAUUUCUUGGCAAAAACAAAGCCAAAAACCGCCGAUUUGAAUCUAUUACCGGCUUCGUCAUCCUCUGGUUCAAGCGGGAUCACAGAUGCUUCUGUUUAUGGUUGCCGUGAGACGGAUGAACAUGAAGAGAGCAGUAGCAAUUGCGAUCAUGUUUCAACUUUUAGAAGAAAACAGUGGCCGUGAAAUCAAGAAUCUUUUAAUUUUCUAGUGUUUAAAAAAUACUAGUUUUAGUUUUUUUUUUUUUUUUUUUUUUUUUUUAAGGUUAAAUUUCCCAUCACUCAUCUCAUCAGAGGAGCAUUAUAAUAAUCCAAACCAAAUUUAGAUAUGUUAAAAUGGUUGUCCAUGGAAUGGAAUAUGGAAGAAGAGAACUAGAAACAAGGAAGGAAGGAAGGAAGAAAUAGAAACAGAAACGGAACAGUUGUCCCUCCUAUUCUUUGUAAUCUCCUCUUCAAAUUUCACAACUUUUUGGUGAUUUAUUAUUAAUUCUCAAAUUUCUUUC